UAUGUGUAGAAAGUCUCAUGCAUGUAUUUAAGCUCUAAUUAAAAGAUUGAGUCUCCCACAAAGAAAAAACAGCAAAAACAUGAAACCUUCAAUCUCCUUUGCAUCCCUAUCUUCUCGUAGAAUAACUACAACUCUUUCUCCAUACCUUUUUACUUUCAUAGUUUUCGUUUUCCUUCUCUCUAUUCUUCAUGAGAACAGUGUUAGUUGUUUUCUGAGACAAACUUUGAAUCGGUUACAACCAGAAGCAUCAGAAGCAGACAACAAACAAACAAUUUUGAUAGAAACAGAUAUUAAGAAGCAGGUGAAAUUGCCAUAUGCAAUUGGAGAGCCUCAUGGUGAUGAAGAUCAUCAAGAAUGUGAUGUAUUUAGUGGGAAAUGGGUCUACGAUGAAUCAAAUCGACCGCUUUAUGAAGAACCGGAAUGUCCAUACAUACCAUCUCAACUCACUUGUCAAAAAGAAGGAAGACCUGAUAAAGGCUAUCAACAUUGGAGAUGGCAACCUCAUGGUUGUUCUCUGCCCAGUUUCAAUGCAAGUUUCAUGCUGGAAAAACUUAGAGGUAAGAGGAUGUUGUUUAUUGGUGACUCCUUGAAUCGGGGUCAAUUCACUUCCAUGGUGUGUCUCCUCCAGAAGGUCAUCCCUGCACACGCCAAAUCCAUGCGAACCGUUAGUGACUCUCUCACUGUAUUCACAGCCAAGGACUACAAUGUGACGAUCGAGUUUUAUUGGGCACCAUUUCUUUUGGAAUCAAACUCCGAUAACGCCAUAAUCCAUAGGUUUCCAGAUAGAUUGGUUCGUAAAGAUUCUAUCGACAAGCACGGUCAACAUUGGAAGGGAGCGGACGUUUUGGUGUUCAAUACCUACAUUUGGUGGUGUACUGGGCUGAAGUUUAAAUUAUUACAAGGAUCAUUCCAAGAUGAAGAGAAAUUAACCGAGGAGUUGAAGACGGAAGAUGCAUAUCGUGUGGCAAUGAAGAGUCUGGUGAAAUGGGUAGAAAAAAAUACAAAUCCUGAGAAAAAUAGGGUUAUGUUCACUUCCAUGUCGCCUAUCCACGAGAAGAGCCGUGAAUGGGGUGGGGAACCAAAUGAGAAUUGUCUCAAUCAAACGACUCCAAUAGAAGAUCCAGAAUAUUGGGGACUAGGGUCUCGGAAAAAAGUAAUGGAAGUGGUUAAACAAGAAUUCAGUAAAUCAAAAGUACCUAUUACAUUACUAAACAUUACACAACUCUCCGAGUAUAGAAAAGAUGCACAUAUAACAAUAUAUAAGAAGCAAUGGGAUCCCUUAACAAAAGAGCAGAUAGCUAAUCCAACUAGUUAUGCUGAUUGUGUUCAUUGGUGUUUGCCUGGACUUCAAGAUACUUGGAAUGAACUCUUAUACACCAAACUUUUCUAUCCUUACAAAUAACACGCAUAGAGAAUCCUGUUCCGUUCUGGAACUUCCGUAAAGUUACCAUUUUGUUUUUCCAAAUCCGACCAAUUGUAAGAUUUUGAAUCAAGUCGUCCAGUAGUAACUAAGGCUA